AAACUAUUGAGGCGGAGUUUGGUACACACUAAGUGAGCGAGGAGCUGGCAUAUUCAGCAAAGGUCAUUCGCUGUGCGUCUUGCACAGAGGAAUUAUAAAGGGGAACGUAUUUUUAAAGGAGUGGAUUAUACAUAAUUGUAUUUGCUGUUUUAGGGUCCAAGUUAUUCAUUUAACACCAUGGCAUCUGUGGAUUUGGAGAAGUUGAGGAUGAGUGGAGCCGGGAAGUCUAUCGCUGUGCUGACAAGCGGAGGGGAUGCACAAGGUAUGAAUGCAGCUAUCCGAGCAGUUACUCGUAUGGGAAUGUAUGUUGGAGCAAAAGUUUAUUUAAUUUAUGAGGGUUACCAAGGUCUAGUGGAUGGAGGAGAUGACAUUAAACUGGCAAACUGGUUGAGCGUCUCCAAUAUCAUACAGCUGGGCGGCACCAUCAUCGGCAGUGCCCGCUGUAAGGAGUUCACCACGCGGGAGGGGAGACUGUCCGCCGCCUACAACCUGGUCCAGCGCGGCAUCACCAACCUGUGUGUGUGCGGAGGGGACGGCAGCCUCACCGGAGCAAACAUCUUCCAGACAGAGUGGCGCGGGCUGCUGGCAGAGCUCGUCGAAGCAGGGAAGAUCACAGAAGCCCUCUCCCAGCAGUACACACACCUGAACAUCGUGGGGCUGGUGGGCUCCAUUGAUAAUGACUUUUGUGGCACCGACAUGACGAUCGGGGCUGACUCCGCCCUGCACAGGAUCAUGGAGGUCAUCGAUGCCAUCACCACCACUGCUCAGAGUCACCAGAGAACCUUUGUGCUGGAAGUCAUGGGGCGGCACUGUGGGUACCUGGCGCUGGUGUCGGCUCUGGCAUCAGGUGCAGACUGGCUCUUUAUACCCGAGUCGCCUGCUGCAGAUGGUUGGGAGGAUCGCAUGUGCCAGCGACUGGGGGAGACCCGCAGCAAGGGAUCCCGACUGAACACGGUCAUUAUGGCUGAGGGAGCAAUCGACAGACAUGGCAAACCGAUUUCCUCAAACUACGUGAAAGAGCUUGUGGUGAAACGCCUCGGGUUCGAUACGAGGGUGACUGUCCUGGGCCACGUGCAGCGAGGGGGGACUCCGUCCGCCUUCGACAGAGUCCUGAGCAGUAAGAUGGGGAUGGAGGCUGUGCUGGCCCUGCUGGAAGCCACUCCGGAGACCCCGGCCUGUGUGGUCAGCCUGUCGGGGAACCAGGCCGUGCGCCUGCCGCUCAUGGAGUGUGUGCAAAUGACCAAGGAAGUACAGACUGCUAUGAAUGAGCUGAGGUUCGAUGAAGCUAUACAGCUGCGUGGGAAGAGCUUUGAAAACAACUGGAACACUUACAAGCUGCUGGCACAUCAGAAACCUUCCCAGUCAAAGAGUAACUUCUCCUUGGCUAUUCUGAAUGUGGGGGCCCCUGCGGCAGGCAUGAAUGCUGCAGUGAGGUCUGCCGUGAGAGUUGGUUUGGCUCAGGGGCAUAAAGUGUACACUGUCAACAAUGGCUUUGAAGGACUGGCCAAAGGAGAGGUCAAUGAAAUUUACUGGCCGGAUGUAGGCGGCUGGACUGGACAGGGAGGGUCCCUACUGGGAACAAAGCGAACCCGUCCCACAGCUUACCUGGAAAAGAUAGUAGAAAACAUUCGCAAAUACAACAUCCAGGCCUUGUUGGUUAUUGGAGGAUUUGAGGCAUACGAAGGGGUUCUGCAGCUGGUGGAAGGCCGUGGGCACUAUGACGAGCUCUGCAUUGUGAUGUGUGUCAUCCCAGCUACCAUCAGCAACAACGUGCCUGGCACCGACCUGAGCCUGGGGUCCGAUACUGCUGUCAACGCUGCCAUGGAGAGCUGUGACAAGAUCAAGCAGUCCGCCUCGGGAACGAAGCGGCGAGUCUUCAUCGUGGAGACUAUGGGCGGCUUCUGUGGCUACCUCGCCACCACUGCUGGCAUUGCCAUUGGAGCCGACGCGGCUUACAUCUUCGAAGAGCCUUUCAAUAUUCACGACCUGAAGGCCAACGUGGAGCAUCUCACUGAUAAGAUGAAGACGGAUAUACAGAGGGGUCUUGUGCUCAGGAAUGAGAAGUGCCAUCCACACUACACCACAGAGUUCAUACACAACCUGUAUUCUGCGGAGGGGAAGGAUGUCUUUGACUCCAGGAUGAACAUUCUGGGCCACCUGCAGCAGGGCGGGAGUCCCACGCCUUUCGAUAGGAACUACGGAACCAAGCUGGGUGUGAAGGCUGUGCUCUGGAUCACUGACAAACUGAAGGAGACCUAUAGACAAGGCCGAGUAUUUGCCAACGCUCCAGAAACAGCCUGCGUGGUCGGCAUGAGGAGGAAGGUCCUGUCCUUCAGCCCUGUCACAGAACUAAAGGAACACACUGACUUUGAGCACAGAAUUCCCAAGGUGCAGUGGUGGCUGAAUUUGCGCCCAAUGCUAAAGAUGCUGGCUAAGUACCCCACCAACUUCAACGAGUACGUCACCGGCGAGAUUGAGCAUGUGACCCGGAGAAGCCUCAGUAUUGAGACUGGCUUCUGAAGACCCAACGCCUACCACUCCACCCUGAGCCCUGUGUCUCUCGUUCUGUACCAGGCCACAGGAGACACAUGGUAGUAUCAUUCUCCCAAUAUCUCAAUACAGACCUGUGUUCCUCAGUCUUUCUGUUGUCCAUGACUGACUAAGCCUUUAAGCCUCAAACAUUAGCACCUGUAGAGCUGUAGCAACCCCACGACCUUUUAGAAAGCCCAUGACCGAUUAGAAAGAAGCCUUGAUGAAACGUUGCUGCAAGUUUAUUUUCAGGAUGUUUAAUGUUUUUUUAAGAAAACUGAGGAUGGAAAAAGAAGUAAAAACCACUGCAAUCUUACAUCCAAUUUUUUGAAAGGAGUUUGUUUUUUUCUAUUAAUAUCGAACAAUCCUGUUUCAAGCUUAGAACCGAUUGUAGUAUAAAGCCUGUGGUAUUUUGGGUAUGCUUUUUAGACAGUGUGAAAAUGUCAAUGUCUAGCUUAAAAAGGGAUCAUUUCACAACACUGAUAACCUGUCUAGGCAAAGCAGCUUUGCUCAAAUCCAUCCUCUCAAGACAAGGUCUAAAUAGAAUAAUUUUGACUUUUCAGAACAAGAGACUUAUCUUGCAGUAACAUUUCUGUAUAUUAAUUGGUGUGUUUUUUUUUUUUUUUUUUUGUGCAGAGUUUCUUGUUGCCAAUUGUAUGAUGUUAAUUGUUUUAACUUUCUUUUCAUUAAGAUGAUGCACUGAUGAAUAAAGUGGCAGUCCAUACACUGUUGGAGCGAUUAGCAGUGUGUUAGUGUUGCUGAUCAGGCUGUAGGGUUUAAAUCACAACGCAUUACUUUCCCUAGCUUCCUGCUUUUGUUGUAUGUGUUCCUGCAAUAUUUUUUUCAAUAUAACUUUUUUAUUUAUUUUAUAUUUUUUUCUUUUAACAUGUCCCUGGUCAUAAAUCCAGUUUUUGGUCAGUUAUUUUGGUUUCACAUCUGUUAUGCACUCUCAUGACUCCAUUCACGAAGUUCAGCAUUUGAUUGGUUCAUCUGCCCAUCAUCUUUGCUAAGAUCCUGAUCCUACCUGCUUUGCUGGUUGGAGUGAAGAUGCAAGAUAUACAGGGGGUGUACCUCCAAACCUAUGACCUAUUUAUUUAUGUUUGUACUAAAAACAUGCAUAUGAUUUUGUCACACAGAACACAGAUAGCCUAGGCAGUGACUUCUGCUGUCUUUCUAAGCACUUUUGUAUUGCUUAGAGUGUAGAGUUCUCGCUUAACCCACCAAAAUACUUGAUUUAUUUAUACAUUAUACAGGGCUUGUCAUGCAUAUUUAUAAACCUGGUCCCACCCCUUGGAACCUCACACUCAGGAGCUUGGCAAAGAUGACAGAUGAACCAAUAAAAAUGCAAAACUGAGAGGAGUUAGGAACCAAUCAAAUUUAUAAUUUGAACAGGUUGGAUUCAAGCAGCUGGUGUUGUGAACUCGAAGACAUUUUGACAGGAAAACCUGAUUUAUAGCCAAGGAUAUGUUAAACAUGUCAAAACAAUUGCAAUUCUAUUGAAAAAUAUUGCAGGAAUAGAGACAACAAAGUAGAAAGCUAGAGAAAGUAAUGUAUAUGUCUUUUUUUUUUUUUAAAAAAGCCCUACAAUCUGUUCAGUAACACUUGGCUUUUACUAGAGUAUGUUGCCCUAGAAACUUCUGACCCCAUGAAACUGAGCCAACAAUUGUAAUGCGGUGAAGAAGUAUUAAUGUUGUAAACUGUAGAGGUUAAUGAGGUUAUCCGGAGUACUCCUGCUACUUGUGUGAUUUUUGUUUUCUCUGCUUUAGACAUUCAAUACCAAGUAACUGGAAACAUUCCUGGAACAUAAUUUCAGCUAGACUAGGUGUGACCUAAACACUAACUGUAACACAGGCAUUAAACAAUAUUGGUCACUUGUUAAAUGAAAUAAUAAUUAAUUGUCUAUUAAAGAUGUAUUAAAA